AUGCUCCUCUCUGUGGUAAUUUCGCUUGCCUUGGCAGUGACCGGCCAUGCUGCUGUUGGACCUUCUCCCGGUGGCCAGCCCGGAAACCUCUCCAUCAAGGAAGCCCAGGACAAGUAUCCCGACGUUGAUAUAGCCUGCUGCGAAAACAAGGAAUCUAUCCAAGCCAAUGGAAUUCUUGGCAAUGUUCUGCAAAAGGGUGCCGCGUUGAACAAUCUUCUUGGAACUCAGGAUGCUGCUUGCGCGAAGACCAGUUUGAUCGAAAACCUUAAUAUCUUGGGCUUCACGAAAGAAGGCCCCAAUGGUGUUUCCUGCUCCGGGAUCACUGCGUACUGUCCCAAGGGCGAAGAUUGCCACCCUGCAGAUGACUAG